AUGACACCAAAAAAUAGUUCACCAAAUUUAAUUUCAAAGCAACCAGUUAAUAAUAUAUUAGUUAGACCAUCUUCAUCGGCUAGUAUGAUACAACGAAGAAAUCAAAAUAUGAUGUAUCAACGUCGUCAAAAUAUGACAACAAAUAAUGACUUACUUAAUCAUCAUACACCAUCAACAUUCUCUGUACCACUUCUUAGCGGUGCACUAAAUGGUUUUUUUCAAGCAACAAAAAUUAUGGAAGAUGAAAUUAUGUUACCAUCUAGACUUAGAGAUAUGCCAAUCGAUGAAGUUGUUCUUGAUAAUUCAGUUCAACCAACUAAUUGGCAUGAAUUGUAUGCAUUUGUUCGUGAUAUAAGAAACCAAUUAACACGAUCACGUCCAUUUAUUGACAAUGAUAAUUAUUCAAAUAAACAACAAAACAAAGAUGCAAAUGACGAUGAAGGAAUAUUAAUUGCUAGUUAUGAUACAACACAACAUUCAUCAUCAACAUCGAGCAUAUCAUCUGAUGAACUUGAACAAAGUACAACGUCAUCAAAUACAGCAUCAUUUGAUACAAUUAAAGAGGAACUUCAAUACCAUUUUUUUGGACUAAUCGGAUCGCUCGAUAGAUUAAAAACAUUAGCUGAUAGAGUAACUGAAAGAUAUCAAGAAGAUUCUACGUUUGCAAAUUAA